AUGACUGUUGAAGGUGUACCACCCCCAGCACGGCAUACUUCAGAAACGGAACCAAAGACCCAUCCCGAAAAAGAGAAUAACGCCGACGAGGAUGAUGUUGCAUUGUCAUACCUGUAUUUGAAGAGCAGCCACUCACCCAGGGAGAGUGAGGGUGACUCCAACAUCAUCAAUAUCGUACAUGUCGCAUGCUUCCGGCCUCAGGUUCAGAUGUUCAGCCGUGAGCACCUGCUCUCUGACAAGCUCAAUGGGAUUGAGACCAGAGAACUCGUGUUUCAAGUAGGGAUCAAUGACCUUCUUGUCGGGGAGAUGGUACAGGAAUGCGUAGAGGAUCAAGCCAAGUGCCUCCUCCGCGGGCUCCUGGCAAUAAGGGCUAGUACCUCAAACAAGAGCCCAACGAUAAUCUUUGUAGCGUAUGAUCUAGGAUCUGUCGUUGUUAAGACGACUCUGGAUGAAUUCACUGCGACUAUGGGACUGCCAUCUGAAGUUAUCAUCCAAGAAACAGUCAGAGUGCUAUCAAAGAAAGAACUACCCAUGGAGUGGAGGUUCUGCAACCUAUCUGAAUUGAUUUCCAAGCGUUUCUCAGUCUCUCCGUUGCCUGCCACAUGGGCUGCCACAGAGAAAGCUCUCCUUUCUAUUUCUGCCCACCCGCGCCAGCUGCGGUCCAGGAGCCAUGAUGAAGACAAUCAUGGGCUAGGACUGAAAAUUGAGUCAAGCCCUUUCUACCGAGAAUGGAAAAGCUUUAUUGGGAGCAAGAUUAUCUACGUUCACGGUUACUCAACUGCAACGACUCACGACGUGGCCAACUAUAUCUUUGAUUCACAUGUAGAGGCUCUAAGAGACAGCGAGACCUUUUCUCCGAAUCGGGCCUACAUGCAUACAUUUGACUCGCGAGAUCCUCUUCAUGACUCAAUUCCAAGCAUGGUUGCUGGCAUGCUACUUCAAUCUGUCGUCAGCCGAGGGUGUCGAAGGGACGAGUGUCAACAGCUGCAAGAACCAUUUCUUAUGCAGGCUGGUUGGGGAGACACCUCAUGUCAAGUGGCCUUGGAAACACUUAAGAUGACAUGCCUCUGUCAAGGAUUAGUCUUACUUAUUCAUGACUUUGAUGAGUGCAACUUGGAUAGUAGAAGGAGAUUCCUCGAAUACUAUCGAGACAUGAUCGGAAAGACCGAGCAUGAACUGAAGCUGAUAAUCACUUCUAGAAAGCCUGAUAUUCUGUUGUCAGAGCUUGCAGCAUGGCCUAAGCUGAAUGUGGAUGAGCUCCCUUCGAAAGCUAUCACCCCAAUCAUCAGAACCGUCCAGAAAUCCGAUCCGUCGAGUAGAAUUUCAAACAUGGAAGAUGCGGUAUGGAAGCAACUUCAUCGUCUUCGUGCUCAUCACGCAAACUCAACGCUUCAGAUGAUCCUUGAAAUCGUCCGAAACUACACGGGCUGGCCCGAAGUCCAGUCUAGAGCAUCUCUUACGGAAGCCUCUCGACUUUUACGAUCUGUGUCUCCUACCGAAACCACCAGGACAUUUCUACACAGAUUGCUGAAAUUACACGAUCACCCAGACGAUAUCAAGUGGGUCAUGAGCUGGUUACUUUGCACUUAUCGACCUCUGAACGUUCAAGAGUUUGCAUUUGUCUGCAACAGGAGACGCCCUUACGAGCCAAGCGAUGAACAGGAUAUCGGCUUACAGUGGGUUUCGGUUGGUCUGACCUCACGCCUACCAACGUGGCUGAACUCCGUGCUUCAUGUCCUCGUUGACACAGAGAAGGAGCCGGUGGAGAUCCGUGGUGAUGUCCGGAACCUUUUGGAGCACGACCCCGGAACCGAGGAAUACAUAUGGGACGAGGUCAGAUCGACAGCACAUUAUACUCUGUUCGAGUUCUGUGCCAACUAUGUCACAGCAAAGCACACUGUUGAGAAGCUGGAAGUCGUGUUCAAUAACUAUAACACACUGUGGCAAAACAGCCAGCAGGGAAAGAAACCCACUGCUCCCUUGGACUGCGACAACAAUGACAUCGUCUACUACGCCAUACAGGCACUGCCUUAUCAUAUGUCCAAGUUGAGCGACUCUGCCACGGCAUUGAAAAGAUUUUGCGCUCACGGGGGAGGGAGAGCUUCGACGGUAUGGGCAAAGUUGUACUGGGCAAUGAGCAGCUUGCGAACUAGCAACUUACCAGCAUCGGCACAAGGGGUUUUGGGUGGCCUUGGAUUGACUCCUUUGGUGGAGGUGAGGGAAGAAGCAAUUGAAGUGAGGACAGAAUACGCUCUUAUGAAAAUUCUCCAAGGCAGAGGGGGCGAGACAUGGUUGCUCCUUGAUGAAGGGCAGUCCUCGCUCUUUGCCUUGGAAGAUAUUCUCGCCACUUCCAUUCAAGCCGGUGAGGAAGAAACAGCCCGAAAAGCAGCAAAAAGCAUAACAUCAGACCCCAAUUGGAGGACUAAAGCCUUCUCGUCGAUGGAAAAGGCAAUCUGGGCAGCAACGUGGCUAGGAAUGUCAGCCCUCGUGGAUGAUCUAUUGCACGCUGGAAUUAGCCCGAACUUGACUUCGAUGCCCCAUAAGGCUGCAGACAGCACUUUGCGGCAUUCUAGUCUCAUCUCUAUGGCCACGAGUCGUGGUCAUAUAGAUGUUGUCCGGUCUCUCAUGAACCAUGGAGCGAAGAUAGACGUCAUUGGGCCAGGUCAAGAAGACAAUCUCCUUGCCGCUGCGUUCUCCGGGCAUCUUGACUUGAUCCGGCUUUUCUCCAGUCCUGUUGACUCUCUUACGAUGCUGCAUCGCAAAAGUUCUGGUCUUUUCGUUGCAGCUGAAAGGGGACAUUGGCGGGCGGUGAGCCUGCUGAUUCAACUUGGCGCAGAUCCCAAUUCAUCCCGUGGCUCGCCCUCCGACGACUACCGCGAAUGGAGUCCUCUCGCGAUAGCAUGCAGAAACCAGUGGCCAAAGACAAUGGAGGCGCUCUUGCAAGGAGGCGCUGACCCAAACAUUCUGGGGCCGUAUGGUGUGGAUACGCCGCUUUGGUUUUGCGCCGUCGAUGAGCCCAACCUCAGAUGUGUUUGUUGUCUGGUACAAUUCGGAGCGGAUCCCAACCAUGAGAAUUUCUCUCCGCCGUUACCACAUGAGAUGGCAAAGUCUGCACACAAGGUCAACACUAUUAUCGAGAUUUGCGACAUACUCCUUUCAGGAAAGGGAUCUAUCAACAUCAAUGCAGCAGCCGGUGACGGCGAAACUGCUCUCAUGCAAGCAUGCCGUACGGACAAAUUGCCCCUCGUUCGCUGGCUGCUUGAAAGAAACGUCAACAUUAAUGCUGUCAACGAUUCAGGACAAGAUGCCAUGAAAUGUGCCAUCUGGCAUGGCCGACUGGACAUCGUGGCAGAACUCCUCAAGCACAAUCCUGAGGGGUGUCAACUUGUCCCGGCUGCUACCGAGGACCCCGUUAACACGUUUGGACCCUUCACGUAUCUCACUCUGGCUGCGCACAGUGGAAGAACUGAAAUAGUUGAGCUACUGAUGUCAAACGGGCUUGAUGUGAACCAGUUCGAUGGCUGGCAAAUGCCGCCUGUCCGUUACGCGAUCGACAGAUCCAAAUUGGUCACUGACACGAGGCUAUUUCGACAGCUCAUCGAAAAUGGAGCCAAGCUGGGCGAUGUCGUGCACGGGGAAGGUCUCUUGCACCGCGCUAUCGACGCACCUCUGCAUUAUCUGAAAGUUCUCCUGGAAUUCCGAAGAGACAUCGAAAUUGACGUUCUUGAUUUCUCGAAGGCCACGGCCUUCCACUAUGCCUCAUCUUGCUCGCGGAUGGAUCAUAUGCAGAUACUCACCAGAGCAGGCGCCGAUAUCAACAUCGCAAAUGGUCAAGGAUAUACAGCAUUGCAUGAUGCUGCGUACAGGAACGACCUUGACGUCACUUCGUUUGUUCUUGCGCAGCCAGAAGUAAAAGUCAACAUCGCCGCGCCGAAUUACGGUACUGCGCUUCAUAUGGCUUGCAAGAAGUUAAACGUUGAGGUCAUACGCAGUCUCAUAUCUCACGGGGCAGACACCAACGCUAUUUCUUUCAAUUACGCCAAUGGCACGCCGCUGAUGUCGGCUAUGCUAUCCAACGAGGAUGCAGUCCGCGACAGGGACGCCCAAAAGAUGGACAUGGUAGUCCGCAUGCUUGUUUCUAACAAAGCCGAUAUUCAACAGACUUUGUGCGGCUCUGCUUUCACAUUUGAUACAGCAUUCCAGGGUGCAUGUUUCAACGCUGGUGUUGCUACAAUCAAUUUCCUUCUCGAUGAAGGAGCGUCUGUCCAGCAUUGCGAUUCCUUAGGGCGAUUGCCUCUCCACUUUGCCGCCGCAAACGGCAUUGAAAACUUUCUAGCCGUUAUGCUGACCUAUAGGGGCGACAUAAUGGCCCCGGAUAAGGAAGGAAAGACUUGCUUGCACUGGGCAGCACAAUUUGGAAAUUCGCAGACAGUCAAGUUCAUCAUAGAUCGUCUCCAUGAUGCAGAUGUAGACUGCAAAGAUAGCGAUGGAUGGACUCCACUCUGCUGGGCAGCGCGCGGGUCGAAUCCUGGAGACUUUGGCAAGAUGAGAUCAGAAAAGCCAGACUUCCUGAACGUCAUUCGCACGCUUCUCCAACACGGCGCGAGCCCUGAGACAACGAUCACAGGCCCGUUAUUUGGAUGCAAAACUUGCAACGCCCUCGCCUUUUGUAACAAAUGUGUCCAGCACUUCGAAACAUACCACUCAAAUGAAAAGCAACAGGAUGGAAAGUUGCAUGUUGUUAAGAAGAGUAACGUCGACAUUUACAAGAAUGCAAUGCUCGGUGUUGAUCUGAAUGCGGACCAUGUGGCGAAGACAUCAGCGCAAGAAGGACUGAGAGAACCAUUAGAAAAUGGGGGAGUGAGUGAAGAAUAUGAUUCAAGUCUUGAUCUGGACUUCGACUUGGAUGAAUUGGGCGAAGCUCUUUCAUGA